AUGCUAACACUAUUUUUAUCUAUUUUAAAAAAUAAAAAUUUUAAUCGACAAUUUUUUUUUAAUAAUAAGUUCCUUACUUUAUUCGAACAUAAUUUUAAAGCAAAUAUUAUCAAAGUUCAUUUUACAACAAUGACUGAAAAAAGAGAGCAUGUCACUUCAAAUCAAAAAAAAACUAAUCCCCCCCCAGUGGAUGCAAGCAAAGAAGAUGAAACAGAAUUAGACCCAAGAUUAUAUUAUGAAAAUCGAUCUAAAUUAAUUUUAAACCAACAAGAAAAAGGAAUAAAUACAUAUCCACAUAAAUUUGAAAGGACAAUUAGUAUCCCUGAUUUUAUUGAAAAAUAUAAAAACUUAGAAAAUGGCGAACAUUUAGAACAAACCAUUUUAAAUAUAACAGGACGAAUAAUGAGAGUUUCAUCUUCUGGACAAAAAUUAAGAUUUUUCGAUUUAGUGGGCGAUGGAAAAAGAAUACAAGUAUUAGCUAAUUAUUCAUUUCAUGAUAAAGAAAAAUCAAAUUUUGUUGAAUGUUAUGAUAAAAUAAAAAGAGGAGAUAUAGUAGGUAUUAUUGGAUUUCCUGGAAAAAGUAAAAAAGGAGAACUUAGUAUAUUCCCAAAAGAAACUAUAUUAUUAUCGCCAUGUUUGCAUAUGUUACCUAUGAAAUAUGGAUUAAAAGACACAGAAAUAAGAUAUAGACAAAGGUAUUUAGACUUACUUAUUAAUGAAUCUACUAGAAAUGUAUUUAUUACUAGAACUAAAAUAAUUAACUUUUUAAGAAACUUUUUAAAUGAUCAAGGUUUUAUGGAAGUAGAAACACCAUCUAUGAAUUUAAUGGCAGGUGGUGCUAGUGCACGUCCAUUUAUUACACAUCAUAACGACCUAGAUCUCGACCUAUAUUUAAGAAUUGCUACUGAAUUACCAUUAAAAAUGCUAAUAGUUGGUGGAUUAGAUAAAGUAUAUGAAAUUGGAAAAGUUUUCAGAAAUGAAGGAAUAGAUAAUACACAUAAUCCUGAAUUUACAUCCUGUGAAUUUUAUUGGGCAUAUGCCGAUUAUUAUGAUUUAAUUAAAUGGUCUGAAAAUUUUUUUUCAAAAUUAGUAUAUCAUUUAUUUGGUUCAUACAAAAUAUUAUAUAAUAAAGAUGGACCUGAAAAAGAUCCGAUUGAAAUUGAUUUUACACCUCCAUAUCCAAAAAUAUCUUUAGUUGAAGAGUUAGAAAAAAUUACAAAAGUGAAAUUAGAACAACCUUUUGAUUCUACAGAAACUAUAAACAAAAUGAUAAAUAUAAUAAAAGAAAAUAAUAUUGAAAUGCCUAAUCCACCUACUGCUGCAAAAUUAUUAGAUCAAUUAGCAUCACAUUUUAUUGAAAAUAUUUAUCAAAAUAAACCAUUUUUUAUAAUUGAGCAUCCUCAAAUUAUGAGCCCUCUUGCUAAGUAUCAUAGAUCAAAACCAGGAUUAACAGAAAGAUUAGAAAUGUUUAUAUGUGGAAAAGAAGUAUUAAAUGCAUAUACAGAAUUAAAUGAUCCAUUUAAGCAAAAAGAAUGUUUUUCUGCUCAACAAAAAGAUAAAGAAAAAGGUGACACUGAAGCUUUUCAUUGUGAUGCAGCUUUUUGUACUUCUUUAGAAUAUGGAUUGCCACCUACAGGGGGGUUAGGACUAGGUAUUGAUAGAAUAACAAUGUUUUUAACAAAUAAAAAUAGUAUUAAAGAUGUCAUUUUAUUCCCUACAAUGAAACCAGUAAAUUAG